UAGCCUAACUGAACCGGUCUGUGGAAAGAUGGCGGCGUGUGUGAUACGCAGGGGGCUGCUGUCCGCCGUUAAUAAGUACAGUAAACCCAGCUCGCUGCGGGCGCUGAGCGCGGAGCUGAGCCGCGGGGCGGAGGCGGGCCGGCGACGGGGUGUGCCGUGCUGUGUGUGCGGGGGAGCGGGUCUCCAGCAGCAGCGCUUCAUGUCCUCCCGUAACAGGCCUGAAGGGAAGGUGCUGGAGACAGUUGGAGUGUUUGAAGCCCCAAAACAACACGGCAAAUAUGAGACAGGACAGUUGUUUCUGCAUAGCGUGUUUGGCUACAGAGGUAUAGUGCUGUUCCCCUGGCAUGCUCGUCUCUAUGACCGUGAUGUCACCCCUCCAUCAUCCGACAGUAAGCCAGAGCCCCCUGGUGCACACGGGUCAAAGGAGGUGAAAGGAAAAACACACACAUACUACCAAGUCCUCAUUGACACCAGAGACUGCCCACACAUAUCUCAGAGAUCACAAACAGAGGCCGUUACAUUUUUGGCCAAUCACGACGACAGCAGAGCCCUGUACGCCAUUCCAGGUCUGGAUUAUGUGAGCCAUGAAGAUAUUCUGCCAUAUAAUUCUAUAGACCAGGUGCCCAUUCAGCAUGAGCUGUUCGAGAGGUUCCUCAUGUUUAAUCCAUCUAAAGUGCCACCGUUUGUACCGAGAGAUACGUUGCGGGCGUGGCAGGAGAAAAACCAUCCAUGGUUAGAGUUGUCUGACGUUCACCGUGAGACAACAGAGAACAUUAGAGUGACUGUCAUCCCCUUCUACAUGGGCAUGAGGGAAGCACAGAAUUCACAUGUCUACUGGUGGCGCUACUGCAUCCGUCUGGAGAAUAUGGGGAACGAGGUGGUGCAGCUGAGAGAGAGACACUGGAGGAUCUUCAGCCUGUCAGGAACCUUGGAGACGGUUCGAGGUCGGGGGGUAGUAGGCAGAGAGCCAGUUUUGUCCAAAGAGCAGCCAGCGUUCCAGUACAGCAGCCAUGUCUCCCUGCAGGCCCCCAGCGGACACAUGUGGGGCUCCUACAGGCUUGAGAGGCCCAACGGCACAUUCUUCGACGUGCGCAUCCCUCCCUUCUCUCUUGAGAGCAAGAAGGACGAUACUCCCAACGGCUUCCUGCCCGGCCCCUUCACCUCACUUGCCUAAGAGCCCAGAGCCCUGCCCCGGCCUGCCCCCUGCCAGCCCACCUCAACCCCAGUCACACCCAGCCUGGUCCUUCCCCAGUGUCUUCAAGCUUACCUGUUUCAGCAGCUUCCCCUGUACUUUAAUCAUGCAGUAAUUCAGCUACACCAGAGACACUUUCUUCCAUUCUUCUCCUGCAACCAAGUUUCAUUAAUGCUCCCCUCUCUCUCUCUUUCCCAGACCCCACCCCACCCCCACCUGUCUGACUCUCUUUCUCUACCGUGAUCCUUAUUUAGCGCUUGCUUUUCUCUGUUUUAUUCCUUUCAUCACUUAAAGACCUUUUUUACCCUCAUUGCUGUCCAAAAGUCAAGCACUUAAAUGUCCCAUUUUACUCUGUUUCUACCCAAUUAAUGCUGUCUAUUAACCUCCAAUCUACCUCUCUAAUCAAUCCCUGUCAGAUCCACUCAUUUUAUCACACCGAAGAAGAGAAUAAAUUAUUAAAUCAUUAACUAGAAUAAAGUUAAGAUCUUUAAAAUAAGUGAACUGUCCACCUGUCCUACUCAGGUGCACAAAAAACUGUUGUCCACCAACAGUUAUUGUAGAUAUUGGUUCAAAGUCUGGUCUAGUUUUCUGUUGGUGAAGAUCAGAAAAUUAUUUUUGCACAUAAACCAGUUGAUAAAAUGAUCUUACCUGCUGAUAUCCAACCAUCUGCAUCUCACUGCUAUCGAAAGGCACACUUGCUCACCUUCCUGCCCUGCCUCUAAACCCAUACAUCACCCAGUGCCCCUUCCAAACUACCCCUCACAUUUUUUUUUUAUCCUUUUUUAAAUUUGAGCUGAGGGUGGAGUCAGCUUAAAUCAGGGGGUUUAGUUACGCUUUAAAUGGCAGAGUGAUGCCGCUUAUCUCUUAAUAAAAGAGAUAAAAAACAGCAAAUUUAAACUUAUGCUAGAUAUAGAUUCUAGCAGUUUUUGCCUUAAUGAUGUUUUUGCUGUUGAAGGGCUAAAUAGCUAAUCAAACACGAACUGGAAUUAGUUUUGACUAAAUUAACAGCGUAAUUCUUGUUUAAGGAAUAGCACCAUAAAGAAAUCGGGUUCAUCUUAUUUAUCACUUGCUUCAGAUAUAUUCAGCCUAGAUUCAUUUGAAUAGAUUAUGCUAGGCUAAUGAUGCUAACAAACAAGGACAAUGCACAUUGAUCAACAUUUUUAGUUUCUACAUCAAUGUGAAUGUGCCAGUUAGCUAAAAAGCUCAUUUUUUUUCUUUUCUCUAGGCAUUCAUAAAAUAUGCACAGUAAUCAGUGAUUACAGAUUUGGUUUGCUUUCAUCUCGGUAAAUACCAAAAUCAAAAUAUAAUUUAUGGACCUUUUAAUGAAAUAUUGAGACUAAAAUUAGAACUAAAACAUCUGGAUUUAAGUAUUGGGACACCUGCUGAUUCUCUUUUUUCCUUAUAUAUAAAUAAGUAUUAAAAAGAGUUUGAUCCUACUUUUGUUGGAGUAACUGCCUCUACUGUCCAGGGAAGACUUUGUACUAGCUUUCUACUUUUUGAAGCAUUUCUGUGAGGAUUUUAUUGCAAACAGCAGCUAGAAAGUUCGUUUUAUUUUAUUUUUUUUUAUUAUUUGAGAGUGGUGACCUCUAAGUCUGUGGUUGAUUAGCACUUUUAGCCCAGCAUUUCCUGUUCUAAAAUAAGGAAGCAAAUGAUUGAUGCAAAACCAAGACAUUUUUGAUAUCUCGAGUAAGUGUGUUUAUGAACACUUGAACCACCAAAUACAGAGCCUUAUUGCUUAUUGUAAAGGAAGCAUAUAAUGUGUUUGUGUGUUUGUAAAGGUGUGUUUGUCUGAUUUAUUUAGCACUUUCAGAAGUAUACUACAGGUCAAAAGGUUUAGAGCAUCCCUAUGUCUUAGUAAUGACUUUAUUACUACAGUUAUUUACCUGUCAGACCUCCUCUAAUUCUUCUCUUCACUGCUGAAACUGAGACUUACUUCAAUUAUGUUAAGCCAAGCUGAAGCAUAAAGCUGUUGCCAUGUAGGUCAGCCAGACGUGACUCUUCCUGUAUCAGUUUUCCUCAGUUUCCCAGAGUCUUUCGAAGGUGUAGGGAACAGUCCUCACGCUCUCUGGCUUCACCAGAGAGUGGUAAUUUCUCUAAAGAAAAUACUUAUAAUUUAAUAAUUACAGAUAAUUUAGUAAUAAUUUAGUGUUUUUGUAUUUUUUUUCUAGUUAUUAUGAUGAAAGUGUGAAUGUGCCAGCACUUCUUUACUACAGACAAAGGCUUUGGAAAUUCUCAUUAUUUUGCAUCCAUUUGUAAAGCUCAGUUUAUUUAUAUUUCUACUUUUUUUGUCUUCCAUUUAGCUUUACUGGAUUUUGUAGCAUUUCAGCUUAUUGAAUAGCCCUGAAGAGCUUAAAUGGCAAAAAAAAUAACUUGAAAGAUUGGGGUUGGGGGUGUUCUAAAACUUUUGACAGGUUGUGUACUUUGGUUAGGAAUGUUUCAGUCCAAACAGUGCAGAACAUAUGAAGGCUUAAGGAUUGAUUGUGUGGCAUCAGUCAGUCAUUAUAUUAUUUUAAUUUAAUCCUGUAGUAUUAUUUAUUUUUAAUAAUUUAUUUUGACUAAAGCUGUGAAGCUAAUCUGUAUGAGGACACUAAUAAUGGAUUUGGUGACACUGAUACUGGUGAGCAGAGGCAACCCUGGCUCUUAUUCACCUGUUAAGAGACAACAAGGGUAAAAAAUACUAAUGAUUAAUAACAGUUAUCUGAAUUAUAGCAGGAGCUGUGUUUUCUGCACAGCAGUGAUACAGUUUAUUGCUAGCAGCAGCACUAGACUGUAGAAUAUUGUUCUGCAGACUUACCAUAGUCAUUCAAUUAUGCAGAACAAGUCAAAUAUUUGUUUUAUCUAUCAUUAUUAUUAUUUAAAAGGGAUUGUUAAAAAUUCAGUUCAAUAUGCAGCUCAGUAAAAAAAAUAAGAGAGCACUUCAGUUUCUGAAUCAGUUUAUCUGAUUUUGCUAUUCAUAGGUUUAUGUUUGAGGAAAAUUAAUGUUGUUUUAUUCUAUAAACUGCAGACAACAUUUCUCCCAAAUUCCAAAUAAACAUAUUGUAAUUUAGAGCAUUUAUUUGCAGAAAAUGAGAAAUGGCUGAAAUGACAAAAAAUGCAUAUCUUUCAGACCUCAAAUAAUGCAAAGAAAACAAUCCUGGUUUUUAAUCAGUUUUCAUGCAUCUUGGCAUGUUCUCCUCCACCUGUCUUGCACACUGCUUUUGGAUAACUUUAUGCCACUCCUGGUGCAAAAAUUCAAGCAGUUCAGCUUAGUUUGAUGGCUUGUGAUCAUCCAUCUUUCUCUUGAUUACAUUCCAGAGGUUUUAAAUUCGGUAAAAUCAAAGAAACUCAUCAUUUUUAAGUGAUCUCUUAUUUUCCCAGAGCUGUAUGUAUUUUAGUUUAAGUUCAGUAUGGCAGCUUUGAUUAUCUGCUGAAGUACAGAGACAGUAGACGCUGUAUUGAUCUGUGUCACAGUUUAUAUUGUGAACACUACUUUUACUGCUGCUUAUAUAUAUAUAUAUAUAUAUAUAUAUAUAUAUAUAUAUAUAUAUAUAUAUAUAUAUAUAUAUAUAUAUAUAUAUAUUUGUUAGUUGUUUUUUUGGUAACACUUUAAAAUAAGGGUACAUUAUUAACAGUACUUAUGACAAUGUUGCAACUGAUUAUAAAAUAACAGUACUGCUGGUUAUUACAUUAUUAUUAUUAAUUAAAAUGUAAUAAUGUGUAAUUACUUAAGUGUCAGUUAAUAAUUAGUUGAAACAUUAUUUUUUUAAACAUUUAACAGUGUUGUAAAUAAGGUUUAUUGAUGUACUCAGAUUUUAAAGUGUACUCUUUCUCUGUAUAUUGUGUAAUUUGAUCAUACGUAUGUGUGUGGGUUUUGGUGUUCUGUUGGUUUGUGGGAGUUUGAGGAGUAAAGGACUCUUUUAAAGCAGUGUAAUGAUGGGUAAGAAUGGUUGAAUGUGACAUUGACAAUUGACUCUGUUAAUCUGGCAGGUACACAAUAAAAUGUAAUAU